UCAACAGCAGUGGGACUGUACCCAUUUUUUGUACAUGGGUAAACUGAGGCACUUGUAGCUGGCCUGUAUCCAGUGGAUCCUCUGGAUAGAAUGCUGGACUGGAACUCCAAUCUGAGUUCUAUUCCUGGCUCUGUUACUACACUGCUGGGUCCUUGGGGGUUCCACUGAUUGGAGUCUUUCCAGAGCACAUUUCUGGUGUCUACCUUCUUAGUCAUGGCUUCUUCUGAUAUUCAAGUGAAGGAGCUGGAAAAGCGUGCCUCUGGGCAGGCAUUUGAGCUGAUACUCAGUCCUCGUUCAAAAGAAGCAGUCCCAGAAUUUCCCCUCUCCCCUCCAAAGAAGAAGGAUCUUUCACUGGAAGAAAUUCAGAAGAAGUUGGAAGCUGCAGAAGAGAGACGUAAGUCUCAUGAAGCAGAAGUCUUGAAGCAAUUGGCUGAGAAACGAGAGCAUGAAAAAGAAGUUCUUCAGAAAGCAAUUGAAGAAAAUAAUAACUUCAGCAAAAUGGCAGAAGAGAAGCUGACCCACAAAAUGGAAGCUAACAAAGAAAACAGAGAGGCACAAAUGGCCGCUAAACUGGAGCGCUUGAGGGAGAAAGACAAGCAUAUUGAAGAAGUACGAAAGAACAAAGAAGUCAAAGAACCUGGCGAGAAUGAAACUGACUGACUUCAUUCUGGAAAAUGACUCUCCCCCUCCCCCUAAAUAUCCAAAGACUGUAUUGGCCAGUGGGUUUUUUUUGUUGAAUUUCUAGAAAACUGAUGUAGAGCUGUAUAGUUAGAUCCAAACUGUACACUUGCUUUGGGGACUAAAGGGGAGAUCUUACAUGUUUCACUUUUUCUAAAGUGUUGUCUUUCCAGUGUAGCUAUCUUCUUGUUGCAUCCUUUUCUACUCCAGUGCACUUGCUACUGGGCUGAUGGCUAGUACUGUAUAAGCUCUGUAAGACAUGUUUGUGAAAGGAAUAUGUAGUAUACUAUUCCAUGCUGAAUGUUACACUUCAAAAUCUGACUCUGUCCCAGUCUUAUAAGAUACUACUGUAACUGACUGACUUAAUAAAGCUGCACAGUGCUAUUAUCACAAGUGAAUUAUUUCUGAAACUAGUUUGACAAUGCAUUAAAAAAAUCCAACUUUUAUAGAUGACGGUCUAUUUUAGACAUUCUUUAACAUUGGAAAGAAAAAGCACACUGCUUCAGGCUUUUCUUACACCCAGCUACUGGAUAUACUGUAGUGUAUGGCAUCCUUUUCCCUAGAGCUGUCUUCAUUGUCUUAAUCUUACAAUAAGAGCUUUGUUGUGGCACCUCAGCAGUUGUCAGCUGUUAUGGUUCUUGUUUAAACAAUUCAGAACCACCUCCCUCUGGAUGUUGACACUUCAACAAAUAAAUCCUUGUUACCACA